AUGGAAACGACCAACAGGUCCCUGCAUAACCCCUAUCUCCUCCACGUGGAGCUCAGCCCGGUAAAUGACUUUUUGGAGGAGAACGAAACGAACUCUACCGGCGGUGAGCGACACUCUUUGGGCUGCGUGCAGAUCCGCAUCCCCCAGGAGCUCUUCCUGGCGCUGGGGCUCAUCAGCCUGGUGGAGAACAUCCUGGUGAUCCUGGCCAUCAUCAAGAACCGCAACCUGCACUCGCCCAUGUACUACUUCAUCUGCUGCCUGGCCGUGUCCGACAUGCUCGUCAGUGUCAGCAACGUUGUGGAGACCAUGUUCAUGCUUCUCCACGACCACGGCCUGCUGGACUUGCACCCAGGCAUGCUGCGCCACCUGGACAACGUCAUCGACGUGAUGAUCUGCAGCUCCGUGGUGUCCUCGCUCUCCUUUCUGUGCACCAUCGCUGCGGAUCGCUACAUCACCAUCUUUUACGCGCUGCGUUAUCACAGCAUCAUGACCACGCAGCGCGCCAUCACCAUCAUCGUGGUGGUGUGGCUGGCCAGCAUCACCUCCAGCAUCCUCUUCAUCGUGUACCACACAGACAACGCCGUCAUCGUGUGCCUCGUGACCUUCUUCUGCACCACGCUGGUGUUUAACGCCGUGUUAUAUCUUCACAUGUUCCUCCUGGCGCACGUGCAUUCCCGGCGCAUCACGGCUUUCCACAAAAGCAGGCGCCAAUCCACGAGCAUGAAGGGAGCGAUUACCCUCACCAUCCUGCUUGGGGUCUUCAUUUUAUGCUGGGGCCCUUUCUUCCUCCACCUCAUCCUCAUCCUCACCUGCCCCACCAGCCCCUUCUGCAACUGUUUCUUCCGAAACUUCAACCUUUUCCUCAUCCUCAUCAUCUGUAACUCGCUCAUCGACCCGCUCAUCUACGCCUACCGGAGCCAGGAGCUGCGUAAAACUCUACAGGAGUUGGUCAUGUGUUCUUGGUGCUUCGGCGUGUGA